UUGUAAUCAACAAUCCGAUCCUCCUCCUUGUAAUCGUCUCCUUGACGCCAUUAGCCCGAUGAAGUAUCAAGAAGCUGCCCCACCUCAUCAAUCAACGAAAGUAAAGCGACCCGACAAAGCAAAGCUCUCGCGUUCAUCCGUCGCUCGCGCUCCCCUGAGAUUUGAUUCCGCAGAACUGCGCAAAAUCUCUUGAAGCCAAACUCAGAAUCCGACAUUAACGAGUCCGCAGUUUCGUCACCCACCCACAAACUCUCUCCGUCUCUCUACCUCGACUGCCAUUCUGUUGUACUCUCUCUUUGUGGUGGAGACCAACCCCACUUUGCCUAACAUCCUCGACUUCCUGUUGACCCAAAACCAUGGCAUCUGCGUGAGCACGGUGCUGCAAAGUUCUCUUCUUUCCGCUGAAUACCGGAUCAUCGGCCCAGGAAGGUGAUUCUGGUGCGUUAUUUGCGUAGUUGGAUCUGUACUAGUGUCUGGUUAAAGAGAAAGCAGGGGUUUGUUCGUUAAAGUUGGAGAGACAGAGAUUUAUAGGACGAUUAUCCUAAAAGUGAAUUCAAUGGAGUUUCGCCGUUGCACGGGGUGUUUGUGGAUCUGAUAUUUUGCUGAAGAAUUUGGGUACAAGUGAUUUGUAGAUAUGCAAGCAAGGGCAGUAUUAUCAGAGGAAGGCAAGGAUCUUCCUGUGGCGAAUCGGACGAACCAAACGAAGGCUUUGCCUCUAAGAUUGCUUCAGUUAUUUGUGCCUUUUGUGUUGGUGUGUAUUGCAUUUUCAGUCAUUAGUAUAUAUACUGUUCGGCGGUUUGGGAUUCAAAGCAUGGUUACAAAUGCUAAGUCCGGUUUUCAGCCGUGCUAUGAAGAAGCCAAUAGUUUAGACCGUUGGAUCCGGCCUCCGUCGGAUCUUCUCCACAAUAUGUCUGAUAAGGAACUAUUUUGGAGAGCAACCCUUGUUCCUAAAAUCAAGAAGUAUCCAUUCAGAAGAGUUCCGAAGAUUGCUUUCAUGUUCUUGACCAAGGGGCCGUUGCCACUGGCUCCUCUUUGGGAGAGGUUCUUCAAGGGCCACGAGGGGCUUUAUUCGAUAUAUAUCCAUUCCCAUCCAUCAUUCCAUGCCCACUUUCGUCCUUCGUCGGCAUUUUACAAGAGGCAAAUCCCAAGCCAGGUGUCUGAGUGGGGCAGGAUGAGCAUGUGCGAUGCAGAGAAAAGACUCAUUGCCAACGCAUUGCUAGACAUAUCCAAUGAGUGGUUCAUUCUUCUUUCUGAAUCAUGCAUUCCGCUGUAUAAUUUCAGCCUCAUCUAUCACUACAUUAUGAAGUCCAGAUAUAGCUUCAUGGGUGCAUUUGAUGAUCCCGGACCAUAUGGGAGAGGUCGAUACAAUGAGAAUAUGGCCCCCGAAGUGAACAUUUCUCAAUGGCGUAAAGGAUCGCAAUGGUUCGAAAUCAAUCGAAAGCUCGCUAUAAACAUCGUGGAGGAUGCUACUUAUUACCCGAAAUUCGAGAGUUUCUGUAGGCCAGCAUGUUAUGUCGACGAGCACUAUUUCCCAACGAUGCUGACCAUCCGAGCAGGAAAUCUCUUGGCCAACAGAAGUAUAACGUGGGUGGACUGGUCCAGAGGCGGCGCUCACCCCGCCACGUUUGGAAAGUCUGAUAUUAGAGAAGAAUUUUUGCAGAAAAUAAACAAGAACCAUCGCUGCACCUACAAUGGCCGAAACUCUUCAAUGUGUUUUCUUUUCGCGAGAAAGUUCGCUCCGAGUGCAUUGUUUCCUCUCCUAGAGUUAGCUCCGAAGGUCCUCGGCUAUUAAUAGAUGCCGGACCGAACAAGGGAAGCAUUUCGAAGUUUCCUUUAUACAUUCUCUGUGUUGGGUGGUGCUCGAAACUGUCCGGGUCCCUUAACCAUUUCUCAUUCGCUUUCAUCCUUUGUACACGAGGCAUAAUGAGAGGCACCACCCAGGCGACAUAUUCUUGAUGUACAGAGAGUAGAAGCUAGCUUGUAGUUUUAGCUUCAUAUCGAGAUUUAUGCUAAAAAUCGGGAGUUUUUGUUUCGAGAAUUGUGUCUUCUGCACCACCCUGCUUCUGCAGGUAUUGAGUCAUAUGUUCUGUUAUCAACAGUUGGAGAGAUUUGAAAACUUUGGAUGUGA